UAGGGUGAGAGCUGGGAGGAGGGGAGGACGGCACAAGGGCUGUACCAACACAUCCCAUGACUGCUUGCUCACAGCAGAAGAUCCUUUCACCGGCCAGGAGCUAUCAUUAGACAAGGCAACACUGGAUUUUUUUUUUUGACCCUGAAGAUGAACUUUAGGAGAAUUUUCUUAGUCAAGUGCUUGCUGCUUUUAUUUCCCAGUGUAAAAUACUCCGACACCAAGCAGAUUUACGUGCCAGUGAAUGAGUCGGCUCUUCUCAGCAUCACUGCUACCGGGAAUAUAUAUGAAGCAACAUGGCUGAGAGACAAAGUAAAGUUGCUUCAGAUAAAAGACAAUAAAGUUAGGUACUAUGUGAACAAGGAGCAGUGCAGGUGUAAGAUAUUCCCAAAUGGGACUCUGCAAAUAGAGCAGGUGGUGAAAGAGGACAGUGGAGAGUACAAGGUGACUGUUUAUCAGAAAGACGGGAAAUUGCAGGCAGAAGAAAAUACAACGUUUAUCGUUCAGGAGCCUGUCCCUCAGCCAGUCCUCAGUGCUGAAUGCAGGAAUAAAACUGUCAAGUGUGAAGUGAAGCAGAAGACUAAAAAUGAAAUAUUUACUAUAGAACUGACUAAUGAUAAAAACAAACAAGUCGUAAAUGGAACAAAUGUGGAAUUGCCCGUGCAGCGUUCUGGGACGUUCAGAUGUGUUGUUAAGAACCAAGUCAGCAAAAAAAUGACUGAAAAAGUAGUUAAGUGCUCAGGCCAGCUGGACUUUCAUCUCAUCUUAAGCAUAGCAGGAGGUGUGACCUUUUUUGUCAUCUUUGUGACUUUGCUUAUUUAUUGUAUCAAGAAGAAAGCAGAAAGGCCUGAAGAUGUUGAUGAGGAGCAAAUGAUGCAGGCUCGCAAGGUGGACAGUGAAAUUGUGAGCCGGGAGCUCCCUCAGCCGCCGUGCAACCCUACCCCGAAGCAGCUGCGUGUGCAGCAGUGGCCACAGCCGCAGCCCAAGGUGCAGCAGCAAGCACCACCCCCACGGCCCAGGCCUCGCACUCAGCAACGGACUCCAAACCACCCAAGAGAAAGACCUUGAACAUCUGCCCCAGGAGGGACGGUGGUGUCUCUGCUCCACCAUUCACUGGGGAAAAAAAGUUUCCAAUAGUCAGGAACCCCUCCCGCCCAGCCUUGCGUAAUGCUAAGCUAUGAAAUGGCAGCUUUCGUUGCAGAAAAUCAGAGAAAGCAUCAAAUGGAGAUGAAGACACCCAGUGGAGGAGAUUCAAGGUGAUGGGCAUUCAUCCCUGUGGCCAUUUUUCUUCAAGUGACUCCAUCUUAGGGUAUGAAGCACUGAGCCUUGAAACCUGUGUCUUCCUGUGGUUCACUUGUUUUUACUGCACCUUGUUUUUUCGUGCUUUUUGGAUGGAUUAUAUGAAGAAGAAGCUAAAUCUCUAGUGUCACAACACGGGCCCAAGGAUCUUAAAGGGUUUUGUCACGUAUCUUUUCUUUCUCCAGCCACGCAUUAGGACAGUCCUCUGGCUUCAGCAUCAAAUGCAUGACCUCCUGGAUCAAAAAUAGUUGUAUGUAAUUAAAUGCUUGUCUGAAGUUGAAAGAAUUUGUGUAAUCUAAUGCAGAGAAGAAAAUAUUGAAUGGAGAUGUGAGAGCCUUGAAGCAUAUAUGUGGGAAAAACACAGAUGGGAAAGGAGUAAACAUUUUCUCUGUCAUCUUUAGAACAAGAAACCAUGGACUUAAAUUGCAGAAUUGCAGCAAGGGAGAGUUAGGUCAGGAUUAUUUUUUUUUUGCAUAUGAAGCACUGAAAUAAAUUUCUGGGAGAGGAUCUCCAGCACUGGGGGUUUCAAAGGGCAGAUGAGGCAACCAUCUGUGAGCCAUCCUCAUGUUGCAGAGGGCCAGGGGAAUGUGCUAGAUGGCCUCUCCAAGGGGUGUUUCAGCUCAGGUUUCUGUGACUCCUUGCUGGCAAAUAAAAUGAAACUUUAUUCUCAGCAUCGGUCUGUUUGGCUAUCCAGACUUCUUUCUUUUUUUUGUCAUAGAAGAAGUCUGGUAUCCAUUGGCUCAUGAAACAAGUGCUACAAGCUGCCAAGCAGUCUGAUUACUAGUGGUAUUGUCUGAGUUGUCAUGGCAUUUCAUUGUAGGGCCUCCUGCUGAUGGUGAGGGACGGUGUCCCUUGGUUUUGCUGGUAAGCACCUCAUGUAUAACUAGGUGAUGAUAGAGGACUGCUGAGAUGUCCCUCCCAAAGGGAGAGGUUGGACUGCAGUGACUGCACCUGCAUCACCCUCCGCAUGCUGAACAAAUGCUGCGCGCUUCUCUGGUCCUUGGAGAUGCUCAUAGCUGCUUCUAUGGGACAGCUGAGGAGCCGAGAGAGGACAGGCCACUUCAGAGCAAUGUCUGAAUGGGUACACUGGCCCAUCUGGAGUAAGAGGCAGCACAAGUGGAGGAGGAGAGAACUGCAGGAACCACAGAGCACGAGACAUCCAGCUAGCGUGUUGUUGUGUUAGGCAAAAAAAUGUGUAGUACCUCUUUCAGGCUUGACUAUCCUACAUGUGCCAGGGGAGUUACAACGGCCAUCCUUUGUUUAUCCUCAGAAAUGUGACUAAUUUUAUCUUCUGGUACAAAGGCAGGGAAGUAACUUGUCAGGGAGAAGGAGGUCUCUGCCUCCUCCAGAGUUCAGUCACUUUGCUUGAAGUCCAAUGGCAGAUACAGCCCUGGGAGCGCCACUUGCUCUCACCUUAGCUUUCUGCAGCUUGUUUUAGGGCAUUUACUGUUUAAAGUUGCAUUUGGUAAACUUUUCAUGGUUUAUUUUGUAACAUAUGCUAUAUCCCUGUAGUGAAUGAAUAAAGAUUGGAGUGGG